AUGGAAGUUAUCAAGAACAAGGGUGGUCUCAAGCUAAUUCACGAAGGCUACUUGUAUACUAAGAGGUAUGCCAGGAAGAAUAUUCGAUGGGAGUGUUCCAGCAGAGCUGCAUUUACUUGUAAAGGCGGUGUGACUUCAGACCUGGAGAUAAAGACCAUCGUUAGUUUCACACAACAUAGCCAUGAUCCACAGGAUCAGUCUGUAGCAGUGGCAAAGCUGCGUUCAGCCAUGAAGGAGCGUGCUGGCACAUCACGUGGUACACUUACUCAGCUCCUAGUCGAUUCCAUCAGUGACACACCUGUAGAUGUACGCGCAGAACUCGGUAAACCUGAUCACAUCAAACGUGCACUGCGUCGAGAACGGGCUAAACAUAUGCCCAAGAACCCCACUUCGCUCCGUGAUCUCAUGCUAGAUGAUGAAUGGACCACUUCAAGUGAUGGAGACAGAUUUCUCAUAUAUGACAACGGUGUGGAUUCCUCUGAUCGUAUGUUAGUGUUCGGGACUGAUGACGGAUUACGUCACCUUGCCAGUUCUGAGUCAUGGUUUAUGGAUGGAACAUUCACUGUUGCUCCACUGUUGUUUACUCAGCUGUAUGUGAUUCGUGUUCCACUCGGUGAGUCAGCUGUGACGUGUGUGUAUGCAUUUCUACCAAACAAGCACCAAUCCACAUAUGAGGAACUAUUCAUAUCAAUUCAGGAUCGCUGCAGCGAGCUAGGAUUCCAGGCUGAUCCUGUAACUGUCACCCUCGACUUUGAACAAGCUGUGAUGAAUGCAGUAAUAACAACCUUUGGUCCACAAGUCAAUGUUCAUGGAUGCUUCUACCAUCUUACGCAGAGCACGUGGAGGAAAAUACAGAGUCUCGGCCUUGUUCAACGCUAUCGGGAAGAGAAGGAUGUUAAGCUUUUCUGUGGUAUGCUUGAUGGACUGGCAUUCCUACCAGUUAAUGAUGUACCAGAGGGGAUGACCUAUCUGCGUGACAACACCCCUGAUGGGCUGGAACCCUUGCUCGUGUAUUUUGACAGCACUUAUGUGUCAGGAUCUUAUCGCCGUAUUCAGCCUCCUCAACGAUCAGAUGGAUCUGUACCUCCUCUUCGUAUGCGCCAUCCAUCUGGAAUGUGCACACCAUCACAUUGA